AUGAGCGCCAGUCCAUAUAUCAAACCCAAUCCUUUGACCUCUAGGGUGUCAGUCAGUCUACUGAGUGAAGCUUAUUACCCUUAUCCCUAUCCCGGCAAGAUCAAGACUCAGCUCGAACUCACUACCUGCAGAUCCUCUAAAAAUCUCGACAAUCGUAGGACUAGUCGUAGAGUCAGCGUCAAAUCAGGGUAUACAGUUAAGCAGAAACGAUUUGAGGUUGACAAAUGGAACCUUUUUCAAUCACAUGAGGAGGAUCAAACAAUGGUCUACAAUAUCACAGCUGAUCUCGUAUUUCCAACGGGGGAUAAAUACUCUUCCAAAGGCUCAAAUAUCGAUCUUUGUGGACAGUAUUGGAAAGAAGAGGCUAGAAAGGGCCCCCAAAAAUCAUGGGCAAGGUCUUCCAUCAAAGGCGGUUGCGCUACUGUGGAUGCUCGCCGGACCCAAAUAUUCACCCAAAAUAACGGUUGCGAAAUCGGCCUCUUUGGCUUCAUGGAAGCACCAUGGUGUUUCAGUCAAUUGCUGUCACGCCUUGAGGCGUCAGGAUCCAAGGGGCAGAGGCAAGCAGUUGGUGGGAUGGUACACCAUGCUGUCAGCCCUUUCCUCAAUCUUUGUUUUGGCAAAUUGCUAUACUUUCUAAAGAGUUAUCUCGUUGAAGAACCGCAAGAUGCACCGGCUCGCCCGUCACUCAUAUCGAAUUUACUGUGUCUUUCCACCUGUCGCCGAACAUGGCAGGCAAGAUAUUUAGCAGAUAGCCUCUACCGUAACGAUAUUCCAUAUUUGGUGGGAGAACACUAUAAAUGUAUAAUCUUGAGCCGUUUUGACAUAUUUCGCGAUCGAGAUAUUGAUUAG